GACCCCGUGUGGUGGAUGGGGUCAACCGCCGCUCUGAAAGCACAAUUCAACUUAGCCUCCGUGUCCUGCUUCGACGGCAAACCAUACACCAUGCACGAUUUGCUCGACUGGGAUUUCCAUGUCCUUUCUCUACCUGAGCCCGAAGCCGUGCGCCUCUGCCGGGAUUUGUUGGUGUACUACGCGGACCGUGCUGCAUUGGGCAUUCGGGGAGAAGUUAUUAUGAACUUUUGCGGAGCCCUUCAUGCGAAUUAUCUGCAAAACCCAUACCACAACUUCUAUCAUGCCCUUAACGUUGUUCAGGUCUUGUGUCUGUUGUUGGCAUUACCUGACGUCGGCGCGCGCUUCACUCCAACGGACUUCUUCGUUUUGUCUGUUGCUGCACUCGGGCAUGACCUAGGCCAUCCAGGGUUCAACAACCUCUUCAUGCAGCGCAACCAGUGCUGGCCAGCACGGAUUUACAGCAAUACUUCAAUUCUUGAGAACUACCAUGCGGCUUCUCUACUGCAGAUCCUCCGCGUGCCCCAUAUGGACUUGUUUGCAAAUAUGUCUGACGGAGAACUUGACUCCGUUAGGAAGCGCCUUAUCAACGCAAUAAUGUGGACCGAUAUGGCGAAGCACUUCGAUAUGGUCGCCAAGCUAGAUGGGAAAAUACAAGGAGAAAUGGUGCUGUCUGAAGGAAUCAUGUGUACUCUACAGAAGCCAUAUCUAGAGGGCUUACUCCUUCACUCGGCAGACAUAUCCAACCCUCUCCUUGAAUUCGAUAUGUGCAGGGACUGGGCUAUCCGAGCCUGCGAUGAAUUCUUUAACCAGAACAAGCUAGAAGAAGCCCUAGGGCAACCACCUUUUAUGCCAGCCCUCCAAAGCUUCGAUGAGUUUUGCAUAGCGAAAGCGCAAAUCGGUUUUAUCGAUUUUAUCUGCAAGCCGCUAUUCAACAACUUGGCGCUAAUGUUCCCCGCCCAGCUAGGAGAGCGUGCAGCACAAAUGCGCAAAAACCGAAGCGCUGCUGCUGGUACUGCUGUCCCAAAGAGACUCCUCGCAGAGUAA